GGUCUCGAGGUAGACUCUCUAGGCACACGGCGGCUCGGUGGUGACGGUGGCCUAGGUGGUUGCGUAUCUGAACGGUGGCGGGAGCUGUUUGCCUGGCUUGCUAGCUUUUUGGACGCUCAGGGUGUUCUUGGGGCUGGGGUGGCAGGGGCUUUGAGGGGUCGGACGUCACCCACAGCCUGGCGCCAGGGGCUCCCUUAGUGGCCGCUGUGCGGCGAGCGGGCCGAAGUCGCGUUCUCCUGCAAGCCAGGUUUUCACACAUCUUCCGGAAGAGGAGCAUCCUUCUUCUCGGAGCCGACGGUACCGUGGACCAUCCAUGCCUCUCCUAACCCAGUACAAUGAAGAGGAGUACGAACAGUACUGCUUAGUGGCCAGCCUUGACAACGUUAGGAAUCUCUCCACUGUCUUGAAAGCCAUUCAUUUCAGAGAACACGCCACGUGUUUUGCUACCAAAAACGGAAUCAAGGUUACAGUGGAGAAUGCAAAGUGUGUGCAAGCAAAUGCCUUUAUUCAGGCUGACGUGUUUCAGGAAUUUGUCAUUCAGGAAGAAUCUGUUACUUUUCGAAUUAACUUAACUAUCCUUUUAGACUGUUUAUCUAUUUUUGGAUCAAGUCCUACACCAGGGACUUUGACUGCGCUUCGGAUGUGUUACCAAGGUUAUGGUCACCCACUGAUGCUAUUUCUAGAAGAAGGAGGAGUGGUGACGGUCUGCAAAAUUACCACUCAGGAGCCUGAGGAGACACUGGAUUUUGAUUUCUGCAGCACCAAUGUUAUGAAUAAAAUUAUCCUGCAGUCAGAGGGGCUCCGGGAAGCCUUUUCUGAGCUGGACAUGACAGGUGAUGUCCUACAGAUCACUGUGUCUCCUGACAAGCCCUAUUUCAGGUUGUCUACUUUUGGAAAUGCAGGAAACUCCCAUCUUGACUAUCCCAAAGAUUCCGACUUGGUGGAAGCCUUUCACUGUGAUAAGACCCAGGUCAACAGAAUUUCGGAUGUAAAGUAUUCCUGUAAAACAUGGUUGCAGCUACCUGAAGGGGUAGGCUAUGAUCCUCUCAGCGGUUUGGAGUGGACUCUUUCAGAACGCGAUGGAGAGCAGGAGGUGGCUCAGUGGGUAAACGUGGUCCCUGUGCAAGCUUGACGAGCUGCCUUCCGUCCUAGGACUCGGAGAGAAAGCUGGAUGCAGUGCUGUGGAGCUGUUAGCCCAGCACCCCGGGGCCAGAUGGGAGGUGACCAGAAUCAGCACAAAGUUUGUGGUCCUGCUAGUCUGGAGUACACAGCACAACAAACGAAAGAACUGCCUCAAAAAGGGGCAGAGGGAUAGCCCAAACCCUUGAAAAGUCUGCAGGCCUUCACACAUGUACCGGCAUUCAGUUUACUGCAGGUUUUUAAAUGCACAGACCCCGCCCCUUCCUACCUUCACAUUUCCUGUUCCUCGUCACCUGAAAUAUAAAUCAGGGGACUGAGCACAUGUUGAGCAACUGCUGAGCCACUGAGCCUGAUCCUCACCUUCCAGUGUUGCUUUUAAUCAUGUCAGGGUAUAUGCACUUCAAUAUGCUCAUUGAUACCACAACAGACCUCCGUCUCAGGGAAUAGAUGCCGCAGACCCUCUGGGCCCCUUUGUCUGCGUGGAACGGGUCUCUAGUCUCAGGUGGGCAAAGCGUCGAAUAAAUUGACAGACAGAUGCACACAGGAGAGGUUGUGUAGUAUCUGAAUGUAAUGUCAACUCGAGUAUCAGACUUUUUAUACAGAAGACAAUAAGGAAGUUGGGUGACAUACAAAGAAGUUUGGGUACAAAGAGGUUUCUGGAUUCUUACAUAAAACAGAGGAAUGCAAACACAGAAGGUCUAACAGGAACCACCUGGGAUAGAAUUCAUUGUUAACAACUGGGAUCAACAAGGGCUCCACCUAAGAUUCACUAAUCUUAGAAGUCAGGCUCAAGGGCUUCAUGCCCUUGCCAUAGUUCCUAUUUUAGUCUAUUGUAUAGUCCACCUUCCCCUUAGGUCUUUAGUGAUGGUAAAUUCCUGUGUAAGGGAGUGACUAGCUUUUAUUCAAAGUGGUAGUGUAGUAUCAGAGACUAUUCUGAAUGUCAGUGAAUAGCAACAUUUUUACUGAAUUUCAAGCCCAUGAUCUUUCUCAAGGAUGUUCUAGGACUGUUGGAACACUGGCGGAAGGCUUUAACUAUGUCAGAAUUCAAUCUUAAAAGGCACUUAUAGGAUAAUACUAAAAGAGAGCACGUGGAUCCAUACACUAGACUAAUGCAGGAAUGGAAAAUUAAUGUAUGGGUUAGAGAGAACACCAGACUCCAGGAGCGAGUUUCUAUGAAACUCUUUUGCCUCAUGAGUAGCUUUUAAGCCUCAGCCUGUCAAGCUGACUCAACCGGAGAGCGUGGCAAAUAGACAGUGCUGCAGUUAGGAACGCUAGGAGUACUUGAAUGUGCAAAUCUGUUAUGGAUAGGAGUUUUGAUUACCUUUGCAAUAUGUUUUUCUUGUGAAAUUAAAUAGCUUAUGGAUUCGUAUACGAUAGCUAUAGAUACCCUUGGUAAAGCUAAAGAAAUUCAGGAUUGUAAACUGACUAAAUUAACUCAGAGAAGUGCCUUACCCUUUCAUGAAAAAGAUGAGUCCUAUCUAUUAGGGUUGUGGCCUGUCCCUCUAGGGAUGAUAUAGAAGUUUGGUUCCUAAAUAGUCUUCCUUCCUACUGUUACUGUCUGAAAGGUUUUGCUUGCUGUUAUUAUCCGAGAGGUUUGGUUGCUGUUACUAACUAGGUUGGAACAGUAUUGUCUGGUCUCUGAACAGGUGGAACUUUGAUACGAAGGAGUGAAUUGAUGACUCACAUCUUAAGUACAACGAGCUGAUGGACAGGUUGCAGAAACUUUGCUAAAACUGCUUAAACGUCUCCAUAUGACAUGGUCUGAUUUGGGCUUGGAUUUCUUCUAACUCGAUAUGGAGAUCAUAAGAAAAUAACUUAACCUCAUACACCCCAAAAUGCCAGUGUCUACUAACUAAUUCAAAAGAGUAGUGUAGUUCAGGCCCAUUAGCAACUGUAUGCAUAUGUCUACAGCCAUACUACCCCAAACAUAUAGAGUUUAGUCUGGUCUUGGAAGGUAGGCAGAGUUGGCCCUGGUUAGCACUUGGAUGUAGAAAACAUCAAGAGUUUGAUUGUGGAAUCCACUUGCUGGCUCCCAACUGAUUGAAUUUAGAAAGCAGCUUGGUACUUACCUAGUUUUCCAAAGAUAGUGCAAUUUCAAAAUUAGGUUACGUUAUACUCAGCAUUUCUACUGUUUCUUUGAGUUCACAAAGCAAUAAGAUUUUAAGUUGGUGAAACUACUCUUACCUCUAAACACACAGUUACCACAGUGGUUUGUGUCUCUAUCUUUCCCAAAUCCAUAAACUGUCGCGCCCGCUCUCGACCAGCAAGAACGACGCGACCACCAGUCCUUCUAACAGCAGUUUAUUCAGUCCUGAUUCUUCUUGUUUAUAUCUCCCCCGAACCCUGGGCCUCUCACUCCUUUUAUACUCUCUCUCAUCCACGCACCGCAGGCCACGCCCCCUCGCCAGUCACGAGGCUUCAGCUAAUCAGUGCAGCAGGGGCAAAUCUCCACCAAAUUGGAUUCACCUGUAUCCUGGUACACCUGCGCAGCACUCAAGAUGUUUGUGUCUUAUAUGAGGAAGUCAGGUGCAAGUCAUAUGACUUAGCUGCAGUCCCUGGCGCCUUUGGGACUGCCGCCACACCCGCUCCCCACAAUAAACCACUAUAUGGAAGUGGAGACAACUCUUCCGAUGCUACUUGAGGCAAUCAGAACUUCUGGAUGAGAGCAGAAGUUCCAUCUCCAGGCGGGACUGAAGCUAACAAUGACAAGCCGAGUAACCAGCAAACAAUCAAUGAUAAAAAAGCAGAGUCAGGACUGCACCUGGGGACUUUGAUUCUGACUGCCAGACUAAGGCAUUCUGGGGAAAAGAUGGCAGCAGCCCAGAGAAAACCAACCAGUCUGUGGGCUAGCCUUGAUAUGAAAUGGUAUAUGUGUGCUCUGGCCACAGCCAAACACUGCUCAUCACUUCCUAUCACUUGGAAUUGUAUGAUUACUGGAUUUUACAGGCUGAACAAGUUAGUUCUUGAAUAAAGAACGGAAAUGUUCUGUGAGUACU